CCUACAGGUACGAGCACAGGGUCCCCCCUCAACCACCCGCCCCAACGCCCCCCAACGACCUCACUCCCCCUCUCUCGUCGGCCGGACGCUGCUGCAAGCCAAGCCAAGGCCCCCACCCCGGAUUGGAUCUCGCCGGCGCGCGGUGAUGGCGCCGUCCUCGUCCUCAGCCUCGGCGGGCUCCCACGCGGGCCUCGCCAUCGCCGCCACCGCCAUGGCGCUCUCCGGCACGCUCGUCCUCUUCUCCAUCUGCCGCGCCAAGCAGCCGCCCCACCUGCAGGUCCCCUCCUCCUCCGCCGCCGGCGCAGGCGCUCCGUCUCCCCGCCUCCGUCCCUGCCUCUCCUCGUCCGAGAAGCGUAAGAAGCGGGAGAAGGCGCGGCGCGGGGGCGAGAAGCGGGUUCGCUUCGCGGACGACGUCGUCGACAAUGGCGCCGCCUCCGCGUCCUCCCCCCGCGCGGCGGCGGCGGCCAUGCCAGCGAACCGGGAGGCGCUGUACCGCGGCAUGCUCCGCGGCCGCUCCAUGCUCAGGGUCUCCUGCUCCUACUAGCCAGCUUUAGCUAACUGCUCCAUUAAUCUACUAGACCUUCCUCCAUCCUCCUCGCUUCUCUUUGUGUGUGCUGCCGGCUAAUGCCCGGCGCUAGCUGCUAAUCGCCUCCCGAUUAAUCGCUCCCUCGCGCAUUGUUGGGAAGUUUUGUAUUUAGUGGCCGUCCACUACGCCGCGAGGGAGCUAACGAUCCCGUGUGUGUGUGUGUGUUGGUGCUCUGUGUACUACUACCUGCUUCCUUGUACAUUACUCCUGGAUUCUGAGUGAUCAGUGAAUGAUUCUUCGCUGCUCCAAGCUCAAAGCUCCCAUCUUUCACUUCUCUUCCAUCUUCCUCCACUCCGCCACAAUUGCUUCUCUCUCUUUUUUUUGCAUAUUUUUUCAAUUUCUUGGCGAUAGAUCUUUUCCCCAGAUUGAGGUGCCUGCCCUGCCAGAAUUGGGUUCACCGGCCGGCGUCUUAUCGCCGGCUACCGUACGAUCAGGCGUUGCUGUCGGGCACUGCUUUUCAUCGGUUUCUGUGGAGGCGAGGCGAGGGAGAUACCGGGAUUCCUGGCUGUGGGAGCUCGCUCGGCAGUGGCCGGUGGAAGGUGGAUGGCGUCUGGCGUCUGGCUCGGGCGGCGACAAACGGAUCGGAGCGGGGCGGACAGGGUCGGAGGCGUGCUCGCCUCGACCGGCUGGGGGGAUGCUCACAUGGCCCGCCCCGAGCGUGCGGCCGCCCGUGAGCGCCCCCUCCGUCGCCGUCGCCGUCGCCGUCCGUGUCCCGGAAGGCUCCGCCCAACAAGUGUCUCGACGUACGGGGGGCUCGACUGUUUGACAGGCAGCCUGCCUGCUCGUGUGCAACUGCAGAGGCAGGCAGGCAGGGACACCACCAUAUCCAGUUGGAGUUCAGAACACUUGAAUUCUUCUGCUUUCGUAUAGUAGGUCCAACAGUUUCAUGUGGGAUUCAAGAUCCGACGAAAUUCGGAGAAAAACUGUUUGCAUCUGAAUCUCAACAUGAAAUUAGCUCAUGACCA